AUGGAUUACAAAGAUAAGUUGCCAUUCCUAAGAUAUGAACAUGUGGAUGCAGCGUCAUCAUCAAAACAACAUAGUAUUGAUGAUCAACAUGACAAAGAUGUUGAAGUCGAAGUCAAGCUAUUCGAGAACAACCAUAAAUCCACAAUAAUAGAGUUCCACGAUGUAGAACUAGAGCACAUGUCUCACUCAAUAUUCGACACUGAUAGAAUAUAUUGUGCCAAGUUAAUGGACAAGGAUGAUAGUUCAUUGAUUGAUGAUAUGAUGAAGAAUGAGAAGGUACCUUGGAGGAGACAUCUGGAAAAGAUGUUCCAGACUGAUAUCAAGGCUGGAUUGCCGCUAGACGAGACCUACGACAACUUUAAACAGCGUAAACAGGUGUUUGGAAGCAAUAUCCGUGCUCCAGGCAUGUCAUCAGACACUGAUGGUACAUGGUACACUAAAGCCCUUGCCGUACUCUGGUCCAUCACCGAAGGUUUCAGACAUCACUCGCUCAUCCUAUUGCUAUUCCUCGAGAUAGUUGUGUUGAUUGUUGAUGGAAGUACUCAAUGGGCGCAUAGUCUCAAGGUCAUCGGAGCAGUGUGCCUCGUCAUCAUAGUCAACAGCUUGAACAAGUAUUACAUGGAGGUGCAACUUAAACGCUUGAGCUCCAUCAACAAUGCCGACAUAAGCAUGGUGCGAGUGAUGCGUGCUGGUGUCCAGAAGCAGGUCAACACCAGGGAGCUAAAUGUUGGCGAGGUGAUCAUGAUCGAGCCUGGCUGCAUCCUACCCGUCGAUGGUAUACUGCUCGACAGCUUCAACCUUGCCUGCCAAGUUGGUGAUGGAUACUCAUCAGAUUGUGUUCAGCCCCGGGAUGGAAGCAGGCUCUACUCUGGUACCAAGGUAGUCCAGGGAUAUGGCAGCCUACUGGUCGUAUGCAUUGGUGACUAUCGCCAUUCAUGGACAUCCAGUCCAUCACCAUCACCCCUCCAAGAUGCCGCCGAACAAGUCCAGGUCCCCAACUACACCACACAAUCAAGCAUGUACAACAAGUUAACAAACUUGGCCAACAAUAUUGCAAAGGUUAGUGUUGUAGUGGCCAUGUGCACAUUCUUUAUAAUAGUGAUCAAACACAUUAUAGUGAGUGUGGCACACGAUGGUAACUAUGGCGGUACCAACUUCAUUGUGGCUGUAGUCAACUACUUUAUCCUGGCCGCCACCAUCAUAUGUGUAAUCGUUCCCGAUGGAUUGCCACAGUGCAUCAGCUUUGCAUUGGCCUACAACACGGGCAGGAUUAUCAAGGACAACAUAAUGGUGCGCAACCUACAUGCAUUCGAACAGAUGGGCACUGUCACAACGAUAUGCACCGACAUCUCUGGACUGAUGACCGUGGACGAUAAGAUAAAUGUGGUGACCGCCUCUGUGAUGGGAGUCAAAGUGAACGAAGAACUGGGGCCACUUGACCAUGCAUCAAUCACUCAACAACUAUCAAGUGCUCAACAUGAUCUACUCUUUGAAGCAAUAGCCGUCAACUCUUUGGCAUUUGAGCAGUACGACCCGUAUUUGGAAGAAUCCUGGUUGAUUGGAAAUCAGGUGGAGUGUGCCCUGCUGUCCUUCGCAUCUAAGAUGGGCUUGGACAUUGUUGGAACAAGAGCAAGAUGUCCAAGCACUGCAAGAGGUGAUCAGUGGGCAGUGUACAAGCUGGCAGAUGGAUAUCGAUAUGUUAUUCGCGGAUCAUCAGAGGAUUUGAUCGCCAAGUCCACUCACAUGAUUGGAAAUAUGAAGGUGGUAGUGGAUAUAAGUCAAGAGAAGAGAACAAAGAUGAUGGAUCGUGUGAAGCUAAUGUCAUCGCAAUGUUUAAGGACAAUCUCAGUGGCCUACAUGGAUAUAGUCGAUGAAAGAGAUUGGACUACAUAUCAACCUGAUCAACUAGUGCUCAUUUGUGUAUUUGGCAUCAAAGACCCACUGAGGCGACAAAUCCCAAGCACCAUCAAGCGUUGUCAAGAUGCUGGUAUCAUCACAAGAUUGAUCACUCAUGAGAAUAUUGAUCAUGCCAAGGCAAUUGCCGAAGUAUGUGGACUUCUUUCAAAUGAUGAUAUAUGUAUGGAGGCCAGCGAGCUCAACACAAAGUCAAAGUUGGAGGUUGAGCAAAUGCUACCAAAGAUCAAGGUGUUGGCCAAGGCAUCAUCACAGGACAAGCUUGAUCUUAUAACAAUGCUGCAAGCACAUGGAGAAGUUGUGGGAGUGACCGGAGACAACACCCAUGAUGUUCCAUCAUUUGAUCAAUCAGAUGUAUCAUAUAGCAAAGGAAAGAAUGGAACUGAUAUAGCUCGAGAGGAAUCAGACAUUAUACUGAUUGAUGAUAGCUUUAGCUCAAUUGUCAACUCAAUAGUAUGGGGAAGGAACAUCAUGGACUCAAUCCAGAAAAUGUUACAAUUCCAGUUAACUGUCUAUGGUGCAGCUGUGAUUAUUACAAUUAUAGGAGUCAUUACUUCAUCCUCGAGUCCAUUGACACUUGUUCAAUUGCUAUGGAUCAAUCUCAUCAUGGAGACCAUUGGAUCAUUCUCACUUGCCACCGAGAGUCCAAGAAAUGAGUUGUUAAAUAGUGCAACCCAAGGUAAAUCUAUCAAGUUAAUCAACAAAGGAAUGUGGUUCAACAUCAUUGGGCAAUCAAUGGUCCAGACUAUCAUCUUGAUCAUCUUACUCUUCACCGGAGGACAGGACAUUAUAUUCAACACAUUUGUAUUCCUACAACUAUUCAAUCAGUUCAACAGCAGAAGGAUACAGAGUUCAACCAAGAAUGUGUUUGGAGAUAUAUUGAAUCAUUGGCAGUUCAUGAUGGUCAUGGCAAUGACCAUAUUUAUUCAAAUUGUAGCAGCACAGAUUGGAGGACUGGUAUUUGGAUCAGUACCUCUAUCCAUUCGUCAAUGGUUCGCAUCCGUAGGACUUGGAGCAAUAAGUCUACCUGUUGGUCAACUUCUCAAGUACGCCGAUGAGUAUGACAGUGGUCAAUUCAUGGUGAUUAUUAAGAGUUUUAUCAAGAGUGUCGUGGCGGCCACUACUAGGAAGGAGUACGACAUACUAGGUGAAGUUAGUGAUGAUGUCAGUCAGAACAAGAUAGAUAUUGAUUCGAAUAGCGAUGUGGAUGAUGUUGGUCCGGCAAUGGUACAACCUGGAACAGCAAAAGGUAGAUGGAUCAAGGCCAUCAAACAAGUUAGAGCUCAAGUCCAUUGUGUUGGAGUAUGGAGAAGAGUCACUGCUGAUACAAUCAAGAGAAAGACAGAGAAUGUUGUCCUUGAUCAUCAUGUUGAUGAUGCAGAGAGGGAGAAAGAACUUGAUGAACUGGAAGCUAAAGAAGAGAGUUCAUCAGAGACUCAAGACCAUAUGGAAGAGGCAGAGGAGGAUAUGUUGAUAAAGGUGCCCAUAAUCCAUGAGGAUCAGAUGGUGAUGGCUGGAACAUCGAUGGAAUAG